GGUAUUCAAAUAACUCAAGAAAUUGAAGCAGGAAACUACCCUGUAAUAUCUUUGGAUUACAUCGCAGUGGUUCACUUUAAAGGCAUUUCUCUAUCCACAAGAACUCAUUCAACAAUACUGGUUGAACCAAAGGUACCUAGAGCAGAACACCUAAAAGAAUGGGCGAAAGAACAUCGUGACACACUUGACGCAUUGAAAAGAUGCCGAGACUACAACAAUGCUGCAAUGAAACUUGCAAAUCCAGAAAAAGAAGAAAUUAAAAAAAUAGCGACUGUUCCACCAUUCAUUAAUCAUUCUCAACCUGCUUGGAUUAAGGGCAAAAUCAGCAUUAACCUUGACAACAACAACACUUGGUAUAUAGGAUGUAGCCAUUGUUUAAAAAAGGUUUAUGCACAAAGUGACCAGCAAUUUAACUGUAUGCAUUGUGGUGAAAAGAGAGUCGUGGGUACUCCAAGGUGCAAAAUGGAUGUGGAAAUUGUUGAUGAAACUGGGCACAUUGCGGCAUCAGUAUUCGGACUACUUGCAGAGUCAUUGUUGUUACAUUCAAGUAAACAAGUUAUGGAUCUAGAACUAGAGGUACUAUAUUCAUGA